AUGGUGAUCAUCUCUUUGGGCGAGGACCUCCCGAAGGAGGUCCAGAGACCGACCAGUAAAGCCAAGGCUCCGGCUGUGCAGCCGGAGGAGCCAAAAAAAGUGUCGAAGGCCUCCCAGGGCCUGAAGGCCGCUGAGAAAGCCGAAAGCCAGUCGCGGCCGAGCAAAGAAAGCAAGGCAGAGACGCAGCCGAGCGCCUCCAAAAGAGCGGGCUCCGUCAAGAAGGCGAAGGCCAAGGAGCCAGAAGCAAAGGAGACGCCUUCCUCGAAGGAGCCCAAGCCCUCGAAGGGAAGCCAAGGCUCCAAGAAGAAGGCCGACAAGGAAAACAAGGAAGUUCUGCAGCUGGGAAAGCUUGACGGCUUGCAGCUGGAGGUGCGCCAAACACAUGGCGAACCUGUCGACAGUACCAAGCAGAUGCGCGCUGCUCUCUUCGAGCUCACUACAGCCUUCCAAGCUGGAAACAAGGCAGCUGCCUUCCAGGCCAUGGGGCAGCUGGCGCAGAAUCCACAAGGCAUACAGAGUUUGCAGACGCUGCCUGGCAUCGAUCCUGCCACGGUCAGAUACCUGGAGCAGGCUCUAGGUGUGAUGGCCUCAGCGGCGCCUGGCUCGCUGCAGUCGGGGUUGGAUGCCCUGCCAGCCAUGAUGGACUACGAUGCUCCCAUUUCCGCCAUCAACUUCCCAGACGAAGCCGAGAGGAAGAUCGCAGCAACUGUAGAGAUGGAGCGGGUGAAGUUCUUGUGCCACUUCGUGCAAAUGGUUUGUUGUGCCGGCACCGCCAGAGAAGCCGGAACGCCGGCAGUGCCACCCGCAGCUGAGGCACAUUUCUGCGAGGUCGAAGGCUUUGAAGAGCUUUGGUACAAGUUGGUGAAAUCCUGA